GCGUUGAUUCCUAGUUCCAUAAAGAUAGGGACGUUAGGAGGAUGACGAUUGAGAAUGAGGUGGCGAUGGAAGAUGUCCAGGAUGAAUUGACGGAAGAAGAAAAGGAGUAUUUGAGGAGGAAGGAUGCGGAGGUGGCCAGCACAAAGGCCUCUUUGGAUUCUAAGAAGAGGAAGACAUUCACGGAUGUGAGAAGGAACGCGUUUUUACCGCUAGCUUCACCAAGGUGGGUAGAGACCAUGACGAAUGCGUUUAGUGGUAAGAUAUGGGCACUGGAAACGUACAAUUUUCUGGCCCCGAUUGAUGAAAGAGGCUAUCGCCUUUUAGCCUCCCUGUCACAAGACGAGAUGAAAGCUGCGUAUGACAGGGCGCUGGAGAUGAACACGAUCCCACCUGAUGUUAAGUUUCCAUUCAAUGGUGAUGGGAUUUUCUUGCCCCCCAUGAACUCGAUGGAUGCAAAUAAGUGUGGCCUCCCUCGUCCCUCUGUGAUGGUGAAAGGCAACAAACCACCGCGAAACCCAUCUGCCUUCGCCGAGUUGAAGAGGAUUUGGAAUGUAGGCAGACCAUAUAUCAAGUGUAGAUGUACGGUAGAGGGCAGGGCUGAUUGUGGAACCGGGCCUGCGUGGUUUGACCACUUGGUCUGGUUCCUCUUGUACAAUCUGGAUGUCAUGUAUCCAGAUGCUCCGAAUCCAAGGAUGAAGAUGAACCUGCUCAUCAAGUGUCUGUCCACUUGCUGGAAGCCGCUAAUGCUCAUGUCCAUCGCAUUUGGGUGUGUGAGGGGUGUCAUGAUGCUCCUUGGCAAGAGGAUCAUCGCGGAUCCCGGUCUCACAACUCAUACGGUACUCAGAGGAGUGUUGGGUUCAGACCGUAAAGCAUUCAAGAAAUGUGCCAGACUGUUUCUCAUGGCCAAGUACGUGAAGAAGAGGUCGAGGAACGCUGGGGGCGCCUCCUCCUCGGGAAACAAGAGAGCGAGGGGCGAGGGACAGGAAACGGUGUUAGUAGGGGACAAACUGGGAGAAGGGAUGACGCACGGGAUAAUCUCGCUGAUGUUUAAGAAGGGAGAUAAGGCAAACGUGAGGAAUUACCGCUCGAUCUCUCUCCUUAACAUGGACUACAAGGUGCUGGCAAAAACGUUGGCUUUGAGACUCGGAAAGAUUCUCCCGAGGAUAGUGGAAAGGGACCAGGGGGCGUUCGUUCAACGCAGGUCAAUCUUCCUUAACAUCUUGACAGCGAUCGAGUCGGUGGAGGUGCUGCAAGUGGAAAACAGGGACAUGGUGGUGUUGUUGUUGGACCUGGAGAAGGCCUACGACAAAGUGGGUUGGUUGUUCGUACUCACGACGCUGAGGAAGAUGGGAUUUGGGGAAGGUUUCUGCAGAUGGGUAAUCGCAAUGUACACGGCAGCAUCCUCCGCAGUACAGGUCAACGAGCAUCUGUCGGAACCUUUUCAACUGAUCCAGUCUCUGCGUCAGGGCUGCCCGUUGGCCCCGCUCCUCUUCGUGCUACAGUUAGAGGUCCCCUUGAAUUGUAUCCGGAAGCAUCGGCAGAUUAAGGGUCUCCCGCUAGCAGGUGGUAGAGAGUGCAGGGCUAAGGCACUGGUGGAUGACUUAUUUCUGAUCUCAGAGAACUCACUAUCCUCCUUACUAGCAGUUAAAGCCGUGCUGCAAGAGUACUCGCUGUUGUCGGAAGCACAAGUGAACUGGAACAAAUCGGCGUACAUCUUGCCGGAGGGUUUCGCCCUGGUGGUGGAGUGGGGAAUGCAUAGAGUGGUUUCGGCAGAUGGAGAGCGGUUCUUGGGGGUGUUGAUUAGCCUCGAACUGAUGUCGGCAGCCCAAGGAGCACUCAUCCGCCAACGGAUCGCUGCAAGAUUGAAGGUGUGGGGUUCAGCCUGGCACUUAUCGUUAUUCGGUCAGACACUUGUAAUCAACUCAGCACUCUUCGCACUCCUGUGGUUUGUAGCCAGGGUAAGGGAGAUCUCGAGGCCGGUGAUCUCAGGGAUUAAGCGGUUGGCCACCAGAUUUCUGUGGAAGCCGAGAGCGGGACAAGAGGAGGGUUUCUUUGUGAAAGUGGCAUGGGAUCUAGUCACACAAGAUAAGGAGGAGGGAGGUUUGGGUUUGGUAGACCCGCACCGUAAGAACCAGGCUUACCUCAAGGAGUGGCUGGCCAAAGUGGCACUUUCGGAACACACCGAUGACUGGCUGCUUUUGGGGGAACGGAUCCUGGCGCAGGAGUGGCAGCUGACCAGGCUGGAGGAUGUAUGGCCCUGCUUCUUCAUAGGAUGCUUCAUGAGGCGGAAGCUGAAGUCGGAAUUCUGGGAAGGAGUCCGCAGAGCUUGGGUUGAUCAUCCACCGGAUAGAAGAACUCCCCCAGUGACGAAGGAGGAAGUGCUAAGACAGUGCAUCUUUGAGAAUCCGCUGAUUACUGAUGAAGAAGGGAAUGAGUUACCAGCAAAUGUUGCGCCAGGGUCAUUUGGGAAGGCCUGGAUCCAGCGAGGGGUGACUCGGACCAAGGUGGGCGACCUGUGGGACUCUCUACUAGGCUCGUGGAAGAAAGGGGGGGAAGUGUAUGCCAAACUGCAGGGCCUGAGAAACGUGGAACAGGACCUGGGCGUGGUCAGACAAGCCAUCCCGCAGAUGUGGAUGAGACUGCUUGGUCCGGAGGGGCAGGAUCCGGUAAAUACCUGCAGCAGUGGGACAACCCACCACAGAUACGGGUGAUAGAGAGGAGAGACGGGAGAGGUAGGGUGACACAGACGCAGUGGACGCACGAUUAAAUUGGGGGUAUCAACGCCAUAAUAAAAAAAAAGGCAGAACAGGAAUCUGUAUGUGUUUGCACGAGACCCCCAACGCACUGUCAGCUGAUAAAGUUAUCAACCCCCAAUGCACUGUCAGCUGAUAAAGUUAUCAAUCUUAGAUUAGUAACCAGGAAAGCUAUCAUUAUUUCAGGGAUCAUGUGAUGAACCAGAGAGGGAGGAAGCCACAACUCAGGAAAAUAUUCUAUUUAACUGUAAAAUUCUUAUUGGAUGGGGACUAGUAUCAGCGGAGAUUGAAGCGGGUACCAGUUGCUAAUAGGACAACCUAACGGGAAACAGUGAUACACUUCUCACAGAUACUGUGAUGCCAUACCACGUCAACAAAGAAAACACAGGCAG